GUUGGUGAACAGCGACAAGGCGGCGGCGGCGGCACAGGAGGAGCGUACGCCGGCGAUGGCGGCGCUCCGGUCCUGGCUCGCCGAGGUGGUGCACCUGUUGACUCGCUGCUGUAGCCCUAGGGACGGCCUCCGCGAUCCUGAGGCACUGGCGAGGCAAACAAUCUUCAGCGUCAACGAGAUUGAAGCCCUCUACGUGCUGUUCAAGAGGAUCGACCGCACCGCUGUCGAGGACGGCAUGAUCAGCAAGGAAGAGUUCAACCUCAGAGUUUUCGGUCCCAACAAAGGAGGCACCAUAUUUGCACAUCGGGUGUUUGAUUUGUUUGACACGAAGCAAACCAAGGGACUCAGAUUUGAGGAAUUUGCACGAGCUCUAUCUGUCUUUCAUCCUGACGCUCCUGUUGAUGAUAAGAUUAAUUUUGCUUUCAAACUGUAUGAUCUCAAGAGUCAGGGCUUCAUCGAAAGGCAGGAGCUGAAGCAAAUGAUGGAGGCGACGCUUGCGGAAUCAAAUAUGAACCUUUCAGACGAGGUCAUCGAAAGCAUCAUCGACAAGACGUUUGAAGAAGCAGAUACAAAGAGAGAUGGGAAGAUUGAUUUCGAGGAGUGGUCCAGUCUCGUGAACGCACAUCCAUCUCUUCUGAAGAAUAUGACUCUGACAUACCUCAGAGAUGUCACCGUGGCGUUUCCGGAGUUCGUCUUCCACUCGCAAGUGACGGAAUUGUGAGGUGUAAUGGAUACUAGCAGACAUUAGUUACAAGGCAAAUCUGAGGAAGAGGAUGGCCAUGCACGUUUGGUAGGAGGAAUCACAUUGUAUCCCAUUAUCCUUUUGUUGUAUUAUUGUUGUACCAGUUAGUGACUUCAUACAUGUGAAACACACACGAGUCACUUCAUGGUAAAGCAUGCCCCAUGCUCUUUACGCUUCUAUGUUUAUUGUAGGACGCACACUCGCAUGUGUGGUGUGUGUAGGAGCAUAUAUGUGUUCCUUCAGUAGCAAAAGAAAAAACCUAAUACCUUUAUACAAGUAUUUAAGAGAAAAUUGCAAUUUCCGGGCAGGCCGGGCUUGAAUUCCUACGGAGAUAACUUCA